AUGGACGCAGCUCGAGAGCUCUACGCCAAGCCUCCAUCGGUCGACGGGCUGUGGGACCAGCCAGUAUUCACUGCGCUGCCGGCAAGCAACACCCCUGACGCACUGCUGGACAGGUUCUCCUCCAUCUACUACGGCAUCGGGUCAGUACAGUUCGCCAGGUUCUCGAUGGCCACUGAGCCGCGCCUGGACUGGUUCCUGGUUUGCAAUCGGGAGAACGAAAUCCACUUCUUCGCACACCUGCUCGCCUCUCCUGCUGUGCGUGCCCCGAAAACUGGCUCACGCACCCUGCGCUGGGAGGCGCUCAACGCCACCGAGCUAGCAGACAAGUUUGCAAGCGUGUUGCAGCAGGGUGGGGCCUACAAGAGGUAUCAAGGCGGCGAUGCCAAGGCAGUCAGCCAGCAGGCCUGCCAGGUGCUCCUUGGCGAUCACCCCGAGGAUCAACUUGUGUUCCGCACGAGUGCCGCCUGGAGUCCGUGGUUUGGCGGCGUCGUGUGGGACAACACGUGGAUUGGCAUCAACAAGAGCACCAGGCGCAUCUGGCUGCUUUGUGCCACCGACUCUGACUAG